AUGGCUGAGGCUGCUGUUUCCGCUGCCCGCUCGCCGCUGGCCGAAGCGGCCUAUCGAAUCAACUCGCCUAUUAUUCACGCAGACCAGCCGCCAAACAAACAUCGAAACCAAAGAAAUGAGUACCAGGCCACAAAUGAGGCUGUGACCCAACACCGCGCGCGACAGGUGCAAUCUCCAGCUGUCCACCAGGUAGCCCCCGGUGCACGAGUGUCUGCUAUCAUGAACGAGCACCAGACCACUGAGGAAGACAAACGCAUGUCGCAAGCCUCGUAUGCGUCCACCUCGAGCAGCCGCAGUAAGAGAAACUACAAAACCCACAUUGGUCCAUGGCAACUUGGACGCACCCUGGGCAAGGGCUCCUCCGCCCGUGUGCGCCUCUGUCGCCACAAUAUCACAAACCAACUUGCCGCCGUCAAGAUUGUCAAUCGACGCAUGGCCUAUUUGGUUCAGGACAGCAGUUUAGCCGCCCUGAGCAAGUGGGACAGCCAUCUCCCCGAGCCUUCAGACGGCCACACACGCGUUCCCAUGGCCAUCGAACGCGAAGUAGCCAUCCUUAAGCUUAUUGAGCACCCAAACAUUAUGAAGCUCUACGACAUCUGGGAAAAUCGCUCCGAAAUUUAUCUCAUCCUCGAAUACAUCGACCAAGGCGAUCUCUUCACAUUCAUCAACACCAAAGGCCGUCUCUCGGAACAAGUCGCUAUUUUCUUCUUCCGGCAGAUGAUCAGUGCCAUUGCUUACUGCCACUCAUUUAAUAUCUGUCAUCGUGAUUUGAAACCCGAGAAUAUUCUCAUCACGGCUGACCUGCAGAUCAAGAUUGCCGACUUUGGCAUGGCUGCGCUUCACCAGACAGCCACACACCAGCUUGCAACCGCCUGCGGCAGCCCCCACUAUGCUGCACCGGAGCUUCUCAAGAACAGGCAGUACCGCGGGGACAAGGCCGAUAUCUGGAGUAUGGGCGUCAUUCUAUAUGCUAUGCUUUCGGCAACACUUCCGUUCGACGAUCCUGACCUGCGUGUCAUGAUGGGAAAGACCAAGAAGGGAGUGUACGAGAUGCCGAAGCACGUCAGUCCCGAAGCCGAGGAUCUGAUCCGUCGCAUGCUGCAGGUUAACCCCGAUCGCCGUAUCAACUUGCACGAGAUCUGGAACCACCCCCUCGUUCAGAAGUACAGUUAUCAAGACGACUUUGGCGACCUCACGAGCCAACUUCUGGGCAAAGGCUUCAAGUACGAUCCGGUUCUUCGCAGCGACAUAGACCCUCAGCUUCUGCGACAGCUUCGAUCGAUGUGGCACAUGUUCAGCGAGCAAGACCUCUCGCACAAGUUGACUAGCGAACAGCCAAACGACCAAAAAGCCUUCUACUGGCUGCUUCACGACUAUCGGGAUAAGCAACUCGAAGACUUUAAGCCCGAGCUGGCUCAUUCAAUGAGUGACUAUCAUCACAUGAAACCCUCUAUCUGGAAGAAGCGCGUGUCUACAUGUCAAUUCUCGCAGCCUCGAGCAAACGGACACGGUCGCUCCAUCUCUCGUUUCACAGUCAUUUCCAACGCAGCAGAGGGAGACAAUGCAACUGUCGUCAGCUAUGAUCCAUACAGAGCAAGUGGUAGGCUACAGCAUUGCGACUCUCAGGCCAGCCAUGCGAAAGUUGUCGUUCAUCGCGAUAGCAUCUCGUCUCCAGCUGCCCAGGCACGGGCUCGAAGUACUUCCAACGCAAACAUGCGUCGUGUCAGAGCUAAUUCAACCAAAAGUUCCGCAACUGCCAAACUGGGAUCUGCAAAGGGCUCCAUGACUUCCCUCAAUAGCCGCCAGGGCACACCUUCGCGCACUGGUCCCAGCCUUCGACACAAACGUGCCGUCGAUUUCAGCCAUAUGCGCAAGCGCUCAAAUUCGACCUCCAAGAUACAGAAUGUGGGCCGUCGCCCCGGAACAUCAUCCUCCAGUAUUCACGAGGAAAUCUUCCCUCUUCAACGCGUUCGAGGCAACACGCCCGCCGUGCCCAAGGUGCCUGCUAUGUACAGGCGUCCUCAGUCUGACUCUCCACUCGUGGUCAAAAAUGCUUCUGCGCUCUUCCGCGAUGAGCUUCGCAACUUUAGCAACGAUAUUGCUCGCAAUUGUGACGAGGCGUUUAGAAGCUCUUUGAUCUACGACGAGUCCGUGAUGAGCGACGGCGACAAGAGGAACCGAGACUCAACGCCAUUUUCUUUCACCGCAGAGAGCCCAUCCGUAGCUACAGAAGCUACCGAGUUCUCAUCAAAGUCAUGGUUACAUCGCCCAUUACCUCCUCUGCCUGCUGAGGAUGGGACCUUCAGCGACGCGACGACCGCAGCCAACUCGCGACCCAGCUCUGGAGAGGACUAUGGAAGUGGUAGCGAAUAUAUCAUGGAUGAUACCGCGCAAAGGUCCGUUGCCAUGUCAAUUCCGCGCCAAGUCGAUAGACGCAGCGUCUCUGCACCCGCUACCAACCUCAAUUGCAAAAAGACAACUGUGCUCCCAUCCAUUCACGAAAACUCUGGUACCAACUACAUUUCCAACGACAAGUCGCGCAUCGUCUCCGCACCUCAAGCGACCUCGAAGCAAAUGAAUACAUCGACAGGAGAUCUUGUGUAUCUGAACAAUACUGAGAAUACCAUUCGUAUGGUGGUGGAUUCUCCUAUUGAUCAGGAUGGCUCUCAGGCAGCCGAGGCGCCUGUCGUCAAGAGGAAAUUGACAAAGGAGGAGUUGGGACGCAAGCUUCAUCUGCACAUUGCAUACAAUGCGGAUCGAGCCGUUGAAGCUGCUCCUCACUCGGCGGGAGAUGAGCCUCUUAGUGGCGGUGGCGUCCGCAAGAUGAGAUCCUGGUUCAGACGCAUUUCGAAGGCAGACUCCGAGCAAGAGACUAGUCCUCAGAGCUUGGAGAGCCAGAAGUCGCCUGCCAUCUCGCAGAGCUCGCAGGAACCCCAGUCGGCCACAACGGACGCAUCCUCGAAGAAGCGCGCCUUUAGCUUCCCUUUCUGGAAGAAUGGCCGCGGGCAGGAAAGUGUCGCUACUCCGGAUAGCGAAAAUACUGAGAACGAUCGACCACAAUCCACGGCCAGCCAGCCACGCAGGAAGAGCUCAGCUGUUGCGACUGUAAAGAGCUCUGGGUCAGGCACGCAGCGCAGCAUCGAGGUGAAACAAAACUGGUUGACACGUCUCUUCCGAGUCAAGCCUGCGACUAGCUAUGUGUGCAUGAAUCUAUCUCGCAGAAAAGCGCGGCAGGAAGUGGCGAUUCUUCUUCGUGAGUGGCGACGCUACGGUAUCCGCGAUAUUCAGGUGGAUAAGCAACGCAACAUUAUCUUUGCACGAGUUGCAGCUAAGAACUAUCUCAACAUCAAAGAGGUUGCCAUUGCUGCUGAGGUUGUGACCGUGAUUGAGCAUGGCAAACGCCAGCCACUGAGCAUCGUCCGAUUUACCCAGGAGCGUGGAGCGGCCAGCAGUUUUCAUCGGGUUGUGGACACGCUCCGAAUUGUGUUUGACGAUCGCAACCUGGUUGUGACGGACCGCAACAAGCAAAAAAUGAUGAUCAGGACUCUGACGUCUGCUAGCUAA